GGGAGGGCGUGUGUACCGCGUGCGUUUCCAACCUGCUGCUAUUAAUACCACCCCCAAACAUAAUCUGCUGGAUAGCUUAUCCUCUUACAUUUGUUGGCAGGGCUCAUAGAAGCGUCCAUUGCGAAAGCGUCCCAGCCCAACAGCGCUACUGACAAGAAAAACAAAACCGAUGUAGAAAGCACAGUUUUGUUUUCCUGCACUCUACUUCUCUUUCGUUUUCUCUCUCUCUUUCUCUCCGCGACUUGCCAAAGGGCAGGCGCUCUAAGUGCCUGUAUAUGUGUGUGUCCCAGUGGUUGUAUUAGCGCCGAGCUCUUUCUUUCUCACUGUUUGCACAUCAUGAACACUCUUCCGGCGUAUUCGGGAGCCAGGAUAUCAGGCUGUUGGUCUCUCAGGGCUGAUGGCAGUGGGAGUGGCGAAGGCUCCCUGGACAGGCUCCUCCCCUCUGUCAACACCGGUCUGUCACCACGGAAACGAACGACCAGCCAGUGCAAAUCCGAGCCCCCGCUGCUGCGGACCAGUAAGAGGACCAUCUACACUGCCGGACGGCCUCCUUGGUAUAAUGAACACGGUACCCAGUCCAAAGACGCUUUUGUUAUUGGGCUUUGUGGAGGCAGUGCUUCGGGAAAAACAACAGUCGCCCGCAAGAUUAUCGAGGCUUUGGAUGUUCCUUGGGUGGUUCUACUGUCCAUGGAUUCCUUUUACAAGGUCCUGACGGCCGAACAGCAGCUGCUGGCCGCCAAAAACGAUUACAACUUUGACCAUCCAGACGCCUUUGAUUUCUGUCUGCUGGCACACACGCUCCGCAAACUCAAGCAGGGGAAGAGCGUGAAGAUCCCAGUGUAUGACUUCACCAAACACGGACGACAGAAAGAAUGGAAAACAGUCUAUGGGGCGAGUGUCAUUAUAUUUGAGGGAAUCAUGGCUUUUGCAGAUAAAGAGCUGCUGAAGCUGUUGGACAUGAAAAUCUUUGUGGACACGGAUUCUGACAUCCGGCUGGUACGGAGGCUGAGGAGGGACAUCACGGAACGAGGGCGGGACAUCGAAGGGGUCAUCAAACAGUACAACAAGUUUGUGAAGCCAGCUUUUGAACAAUACAUCGAACCCACCAUGAGACUGGCAGACAUCGUGGUGCCUCGAGGUGGCGGCAACAUGGUGGCCAUUGAUCUAAUAGUACAGCACGUACACAGUCAGCUGGAGGAGAGAAAACUCCGCUGGGAUAUGGCGGCUCUAGCUUCUGCCCAUCAGGCUCAGCCCCUACCUCAGACCCUCAGUGUUCUGGAGAGCACACCGCAGGUCCGCGGCAUGCACACCAUCAUCAGGAAUAAAGAGACCAGUCGAGAUGAGUUCAUCUUUUACUCCAAGAGGUUAAUGCGGCUACUGAUAGAGAGAGCGCUUUCGUUCCUUCCAUCUCAGGUCCAUUUUGUUCAGACCCCACAGGGUGAGGAUUACGAGGGCAGAACCUUUCAUGGGAAGAGGAUUACAGGCGUGUCCAUUCUCAGGGCGGGAGAAACCAUGGAGCCCGCGCUUAGAGCUGUGUGCAAAGAUGUUCGCAUCGGCAAAAUCCUCAUUCAGACCAAUCAGGACACUGGAGAGCCAGAGCUGCAUUACCUGCGUCUACCCAAAGACAUCGGCGAGGAUCACGUGAUUCUGAUGGAUUGCACCGUGUCCACUGGAGCUGCCGCCAUGAUGGCCAUAAGAGUUUUACUAGAUCAUGACGUUCAGGAGGAGAAGAUCCUGCUUGUGUCUCUGCUCAUGGCGGAGAUGGGUGUUCAUUCGGUGGCCUACGCCUUCCCUCAGGUCAAGAUUAUGACCACGGCAGUCGACAAGAAGGUCAACGACCUCUUUCACAUCAUCCCUGGCAUAGGAAAUUUUGGCGAUCGUUAUUUUGGAACAGAUGCACCGCCGGACUGGAGUGAUGAAGAGAUGGAUGAGCCGAGCUGCUGAGAUCUCCUGCGCUCGUCUGUAACACUCCAAAAAAUACCUGCUAGGACAGUGAGGACGGUGUCUGAUGUUUGUACAUUUAUAAACUUUUAAAAUAUUUUUAUACGUUUUGCUCUCCCAAAAGUGUUUUAUGAGAAAGUUUUAUGUGGCAUAUUUAUAAAGAUUUUAUUUUGCUUCAUUGUUGUUAUUUAAGAGAUUUAUUUAAUGUUAUUUCAAGUUUAUUUUGAAGUGUUAAGUAUGUUUCUGAAUGUGUUCACGCUCUGCAUCAGACAGAACAUUUCUGGUCUUGUUUUACUCUGUUCUUCUGGCUUUGUUGAGAGCAAAGUCUGAGAGCGUUACCUUGCUGCAUACAGGCAGUGAAUUUCUUUGAAGGACCACUUCAUCGGAAAAAACAUGUGGGCGUUGCUCACUUUUAAUCUUUGUCUUUUUUUCGCUUGCUUAACCUGCAGACGGCUGCUGACCAAACCACAGACUGUUAACAAUUACACUUUCACAACAAAGAUUGCGAAAUCAUGUACAACAACUUUGGUUAUAAAGUUUCAUUUUGUUCUUGACAUUUUUUAAGUUUCAUGUGAUUCUUAUGAAGGUUUUAUUUUGUUUGUCCGUUGUGCUAAAUCAUGUAGAAGUAAGGGUUUAAGUUUACAUACGUAGCACUGCUUGGUCAAUCUAACAAGAGCACGAAUGAGAAGCUACUUCGACUAUCACAAUCGUAGCUCAUCGCCAACUGUCGCUGAACAAUUUUAGGUAAUUAAUGUUGUGUUUUUUUUUAAUCUCUAUGAAAAACCUCAUGUUGAGAUAAUGACCUACAUGUUUUUUGUAACCCACAGAAGUGGAACAUUUCGCGUCUGUCCAUCGUCUAUAGCCUUCUUUACCAUAUAUGGCUCAGAUAUGCUUGACGUUUACGUUCUUGUUGGGAACACACCUAAGACCGUAAGAACAAAACUAGAUCACAGGAAAUGUUCGUGUCUUGCUUGGAAUUCACGGCAAAUUAAACAUUUUUGUAAAAUUGUUUUAUUGAUAUCAGGUUUUAUCAUUUUACCCCACUGAGCACUUUGAGAAGCUGUAUUUAGCCUGAAGAAUUAUUUCAUUAUAAAAUUGGUCCGAUUGUGUGCAAUUCUUUGUUUUAUAACGCAAUCGUAUAAUUUAUUGCAUUUAACCAAACUGAUGCUCUGUAAGUUUCCAUGGACACGAGAUACAAAAGUCCUAUUUUUAGUUUUUGGCCAAAAUAGUGGUUGCAAAUAUGAACAAGCGAAAUAUUGUAUUAAAGCAUCUGCACUGAAGUCUGAAGUCAAACCUUAAUGAUUGUAUCUCGUCUGUUUUUUCACACCAGGAAUAAAAGUCGAUGAUAUGUGAUGUCUA